AUGUGUUUACCUAAGGAGGAAGGUGGAUUGGGUUUCAGAUCUUUAUUUGAUGUGUCUAAGGCUUUAUGUGCAAAAUUAUGGUGGAGGUUUAGAACAUCUAAUACAUUAUGGGCAAAUUUCAUGUGGAAUAAAUACUGCAAGAAGCAGUAUCCACAGUAUGUGCAAUGGAAAGGUGGUACACAAGUGUGGAAACUGGUCCUAGAGGCUAGGGAAAAUAUUGAACAAUUGAUAUGGUGGGAAACAAAGAAUGGAACAUCUAAUAUUUGGUUUGACAAUUGGACCAAAUUAAGUGCUCUACACUAUGUAUUACCUGAUAUUCAAAUUGAUGAAUCUAUAGAAGAUGUUAAAGACCUAAUAGGAGGUAAUGAAUGGAAUGUUAGCAGAUUACAACAACUUCUUCCAGCUGAUGUAGUAGAGUAUAUUCUAGAGGAGUUGGAGUUGAGAGAAAUUUCAGAGCAGUUUCUAGUGCAUGGGACCUGCUUAGACAAAGAGAUCAUGUUAUGGAAAUUCAAACUACCUGUGGAUGAAGUUCUAGCAACUAUUGGAAUUAAUAUAGUUUCUAGAUGCUGCUGUUGCAUAGAACGUAGACAUGAGACAAUAGACCAUAUGUUUUUAAUAGGAGAUUUUGCUAAAACUGUAUGGAAUUGGUUUAGCAGUGCUGCAGGAAUAUUGAUGAACUGCUGUCAAAUCUGGAAGUGGAGAAACACAAGACUGCUUGGGGGUAAUAUGUCAAUGUAUAAAGUUCUGCAUGAGAGCAAUCAAAAUAUUCAUCUGCUACGCAGGAUAAGAUUUCCUUCAAUGCAGAAUAUUCCUGACAAAUGGCCUGAUUUCAUUGACUAUUUUGAAUCAUUUAGACCUGUUAUCAGGACACUUGUAGUGAAAUGGCAAUUACCAGCCAAGGGUUGGUUCAAAUGUAAUACAGGUGGUGCUGCUAGAGGAAAUUCAGGCCCUAGUUACAUUGCCUUUUGUGAUAGAAAUGAGGAGGGUAAUCUCAUAUAUACAGCAGGGCAAACUAUUGCAAAUGGUAAUAUUCUCAUAGCAGAAGCAUUGGCCAUCAAGAAGGGAGUUGACUACUGCAUUUCUCAUCAGCUUGUUCCUCUAGUUGUGGAAACUGAUUCUUUGGCUAUGAAGAUGUUCAUUUCUGGAACAUGGGAGGUUCCAUGGAGCAUUACUUUGGUAGUUCAAGAGAUUAAUAGAUUAAUGAGGGGAAAUAUGGUGAUUGUGGAGCACAUAUACAGAGAAGGAAAUGGCCUGGCAGACAUUUUAACUAACUAUGUUUUUGAUUUUGCAGGUACACAACACUUUCAUAAUUUUCAGGAUCUUCCAAUCAAGGCUAAAAGACUUUUCAACAUGGACAAAGCUCAAAUUCCUAAUCUUAAGAUCAGACAUGGGAAGGAUAACAGAUUAUAG